GAGCCCGCCACGGGAGCGGCCAGCGCCGGCUUCCCUCUGCGCGCCGGGAGGCGGCGGCCGUCGGGGGCCCGGCACGGCGGCCCGGGGCGCUGCGCCCGCUGCACGGAGGCGGCGGCGUCCGGCGAUGGGCACCGAGCGGAGCCACCGCGCCGGGCCGUGACCGCCGCGCCGCCGCCCCGGGCGCUCUCGGAGCGCCGACGCUGAGGAACAUGGCCCUGGAGCAGCUCUGCGCGGUCCUCAAAGUGUUGCUAAUAACAGUACUUGUAGUGGAAGGGAUUGCUGUGGCCCAAAAGACCCAAGAUGGACAAAACAUUGGAAUCAAGCACAUUCCUGCAACCCAGUGUGGCAUUUGGGUUCGAACCAGCAAUGGAGGUCAUUUUGCUUCACCAAAUUAUCCUGAUUUGUAUCCACCAAACAAGGAGUGUAUCUAUAUUUUGGAAGCUGCUCCGCGUCAACGAAUAGAACUGACCUUUGAUGAACGCUAUUAUAUAGAGCCAUCAUUUGAAUGUCGGUUUGAUCACUUGGAAGUUCGAGAUGGGCCAUUUGGUUUCUCUCCUCUUAUAGAUCGUUACUGUGGCAUGAAAAGCCCUGCAUUAAUUAGGUCAACAGGAAGAUUCAUGUGGAUUAAAUUUAGUUCUGAUGAAGAACUUGAAGGACUAGGAUUUCGAGCAAAAUACUCAUUCAUCCCAGAUCCAGACUUUACUUAUCUUGGAGGUAUUUUAAAUCCCAUUCCAGAUUGCCAGUUUGAGCUCUCAGGAGCUGAUGGAAUAAUACGUUCUAGCCAGGUAGAACAAGAAGAAAAAACAAAGCCUGGCCAAGCAGUUGAUUGCAUAUGGACAAUUAAAGCUACCCCAAAAGCUAAGAUUUAUUUGAGGUUCUUAGAUUACCAAAUGGAACACUCAAAUGAAUGCAAGAGAAAUUUUGUGGCUGUCUAUGAUGGAAGCAGUGCUAUCGAAAAUCUGAAGGCCAAGUUUUGCAGUACUGUGGCUAAUGAUGUAAUGCUGAAAACAGGAGUGGGAGUGAUACGGAUGUGGGCAGAUGAAGGUAGUCGGCUUAGCAGGUUUAGGAUGCUCUUCACUUCCUUUGUAGAACCUCCCUGUACAAGCAGCACUUUCUUUUGCCAUAGCAACAUGUGCAUCAACAAUUCUUUAGUCUGUAAUGGUGUUCAAAACUGUGCAUACCCUUGGGAUGAGAAUCACUGUAAAGAAAAGAAAAAGGCUGGACUAUUUGAACAAAUCACUAAAACUCAUGGAACAAUUAUUGGCAUUACAUCAGGAAUUGUCUUGGUUCUUCUCAUUAUUUCUAUUUUAGUACAAGUGAAACAGCCCCGGAAAAAGGUUAUGGCUUGCAAAACUGCAUUUAAUAAAACUGGGUUCCAGGAAGUCUUUGAUCCUCCUCAUUAUGAACUAUUUUCACUAAGAGAGAAAGAGAUUUCUGCAGACCUGGCAGAUCUAUCAGAAGAACUUGACAACUACCAGAAGAUGCGGCGCUCCUCCACAGCCUCCCGGUGCAUCCAUGACCACCACUGUGGGUCUCAAGCUUCCAGUGUCAAACAAAGCAGGACCAACCUCAGUUCCAUGGAACUUCCCUUCCGAAAUGAUUUUGCACAACCACAGCCAAUGAAAACAUUUAAUAGCACCUUCCAAAAAAGCAGCUACACUUUCAAACAAGCGCAUGAAUGCCCUGAACAGGCUCUAGAGGACAGAGUGAUGGAGGAGAUUCCCUGUGAAAUUUAUGUCAGAGGGCGAGAUGAUUCUGCACAAGCUUCCAUAUCCAUUGACUUUUAAUUGUCAACUAAAAAUAUUAAUUACUAAGUGUGCAAGCAGCCUACAUCAGUACUCAUUCUGUCUCAGCAACCACGCUUGUUCUCUCAGAAUUAGAAAGCUCUUCAUAGUUUAUCAUAAUGCUGACAAUUUUAUUAUCUCAGGCAAUCUUUAUAUGUGAAACCGACCAAGGAACUUAAUGUAAUCAGUGGGGAAAAGUCAUCAUCUGUUGCUUGGUAUCUUACCACUAAACACCACCUAUUCAAUGGCAGUUGAAGAGUGAGUGGUCAUGUUGAGCCAGGCUCAGCAGCCUGGUAGUAAUAACAUCAGGAUACUGUUUUGUUCACACAGCCCCAUCAGUAAAUUUUAAAGCAAGAUUUUUCUUUAUAUUCCUUUGUCUUUUUCGGAUAUGUUUUAUUUGUCUGUAGUUUGUUCAUUUCAGUUUCCUGCAUACAGAGAUAAUGUGUCAUUAAUUCCGCAUGAGCAUGUAUUUGCUUUUAAAUGUGUAAAAUAUGGCUGUACUGUAAUGAGUAACAGUUUAAGACACAGUCAUAUUUCAUUCCUUCUUGACUCGCUUCUGUACUGUUGUCUUUAAUAACUGCAUCUUAGUCCUGUUUUUCUGUGGGAAUUGGUAGAUGACAUGAUUUAUCGCCUUUAAAUCAUGUUUCAUCUUAGUUAUACUAGAAAAGUAAUAAUCCUGGGGUAUAUUAUUACCAGUUACAUAUGAGUGGAAAUUUGAGGGAGAUUAAAAACUUGUAGCAACCUCUGAAGUUUUCCUGGUUGGAUCUUACUCAGUGACAGACAUUCACCCCAGUAAUCAGGGUCCUCAAACUCACUUGAGAGCAAGCCUUUAAUUAUGGCUCCAUGCAGAGCUUCUCAUCAGAUCUUGUUCUUUAUCAUCUUUAAAAAAAAUUCUUUGUUCUCUUGUUAUUGGUUUGUCUUUGGCACAUGGUAGCCAUGGCUGGUGGAAGUGAAAAGAGACUCUGAGGAACUGUGUGAGCCUUUACAUAGCUUCUGCUUGGAACAUUGCAUUUUUCUAGCCACUAUCAUCUAGAAUAGCAACUUCAAGUUUUUUUUUAAACUGCACUUUUGAUCUUAUGUUUUAUAAAUUAUAUAAAACAAUAGUUUAUAAACACAAUAUCAAAACUCAUUGGUUUUUUAGACUUUUGAUAUUAUUUGAUACUGUAUAAACUAUUAGAUCAAGAUUUAAGACAUACAGGAUAGAUUUCUUUUAGUGUUCACAGUAGUGACUUUGUGUAGAAGUAUACUGUGAUGGGACUGUACUAUAAUUUAUUACAAAGACCUUGGCCAUCGUGAUGUAUACAUAAGUUUUUCUUUCUUUUGCUGCUGUGUUUAGUUUGGUGGUAAGUUUUUCACUGUGUGGUAUUUAUUGUUUUAAAUCACAAGAGAAAUUUUACAUUAAAGUAUACAUUAUUACAUGAUCCUUUAAUUAUUUAUAGCAGGAAUGCUUUGAAUAAGAUGUGGAUGGGGAAGAAUCCAUGUAUUUAAUGAUAACCAAUAUAGAUAAUACAUUUUCUAUAUUGAACUAAAUUUUCAAUUAAAUGAAAAGUUCAGGUUUCAAUAGAUUUCAUUAACUCCUUUUAAGUACUACAUAAAUCUGAUCUCAGAUUGCUAAAACUUUGAUCUUUAGUGUAAUGUACUUUCUCCCCAGUGUGUGUUCUUUGUAUAACAUUUUUAUUUUUAAAAAUGAAAUUAUAUCCAGAAUAUGGGAAAGCCUGUACUUGGUACAAGCAUUAUUUAAUUUUUUUAAGUCAGUAGACAUUCCUGCUUUAUAAAACAGAAAUUGGAAAAGUAAAAGGCAUUCCAAAACAUAGUAAUUACUGAACUAUUCAGAGAAUGAUUAGAUAGCUAUGUUCUUUCAGUAACUAUUAAGUAAACAUUUUAUUAGGUGACUUAGGCAAGGCAAUAUUCCAACAGCAUAGUAAAUACUUAAACUGAUAGCUGUGAUAUAAUAGUGAAAGAAAAAUUAACAUACUUCCUGUAUAAAUUGUAUCUAUUAUAAAAUAGCUGUUGUGCUCAGCCUUAAUCUUUAGAUUAUAGAGCUUAUAGUAUGCUUUCCUACAUCAUUGUCACUUGUGGCUGUAUUUUUCUUUUUAACCCUAUACUCUAUUUUUAGGGAUUUGAAGAGUCUUACAAAACAGGUGUUUGACACUGGACAUUACGAAAGUGUAGAUUUGCAUGAUUUCAUGCGACUGCAAGAGAAGCUUGGAUGAUCAUUUGGUUCUAAAUUGGUUCUAAAUUCACUAAUAGUAAAUCGGAAAGUUGUUCCUUUUCACAGUUGAAAACACUUACAUUUGGAGGCUAAAAUGAAAGCCAUAAAUUCAAUAAUGACAGGCAUGAAAUGUAGCCAUCUUAGUUGAGUUAUUACAACCCACAGAGUACCUCAGUGUUAAACAUGCCUUCUGAAGAAAAAUGUAAAGCAGGAGAAUGGUAAAAAUCUCCAGUGUAAGAAAGUACCAGUUAUAUGAUAUCAAACACUUCUAUCUUCUUUCCCAAGGUUAAUACAAACUGUCAGUUCCCAAUAGAAUUUCAAAACAUAGUAGUCCCUGAACCAUCCAAGAAAUAUUAGAGAACGAUUCUCUCAGAAACCAUUAAAUAAGCAUUUUAUUGGACUUGGGCCACCCAGUGUUCCAACAGCUUAGUAACUGCACAGACUACAACCUACACAUCCCACUGUCUCAAAGACAUAGAAAUAAACUAUGGAAUUCCUUUUGCAGAAGAGGGAUAUUCAACAUAAAUAUUCAACAAAAAAAAAGGAGAUUCACAUUUCAUAUCACAGAUCUAAAAGGCCCCUUCAGCUUUGAUUUUGGAGAGCCUUUGUCACUAUCCUAGUUGUGCUUUGUAUAAUUGCUAAACAUUUAGGAACCUCAGUCUGGGCUGAUCGUUUCUGGAGCUCUGACACUACCUAAUGAGGGUACCUGCCUGUUUCAGGAGCAUGUCAGCUGCUGAGAGCGGACGAAAGAAAAGCCUGCUUGUGGUUCCAGGAAUAAUUAGCAGUCAGAGAUUACACUUUCUUGCGCAGUGUAUGUUCCCAGCCUGCUGUAUGUCCACGGUAUUUUUAUUGCAAAUAAUAAAAGAAGUAUGCCUGAAUCACAUUGAUUGUAGACAGGGGAACUUUAGUUUUUGCUCUUUUUAAAGACACAAAGAGAUGAUGGAGUCUAGUUUUGUUAAUGAGAAGACUAAACCCUGAAGGUGAAGUGGUUCCCCCGUCUCCAAACUCUAGCCCAGCGUUCUUCCUUGACUUCUUGUUCUCGCCCUGCUUAGCUUUAAAAGUCACGCAGUUCCACACUCAGCCUCGAUGUUCCACACGCAGCUUGUUAUUCUCAUCCAAAAUAUAACACUGUAAUUCUGUGUGCAUUUGGGUUUCACGCCUCCCUUUUUAAUUUAUAUAGCAUUGCUCUCUUAACCCUUUUGUAACCAGGUUUCCUUGGCACCUGCAAAAUAUGUAAUUAUGAAUUCUUAGUACACAGUGCGGGCUAGCAGCACAUGGAGUGGUGGCAGAAAGAAAGUAUGGGUGCUUGCAUUUUUUUGAAUAUUGUUUACGUUAAAAGAAACAAUGUACAUUAUAGAAAUUAAAUAUUUGGGUACUAUAUGUUGAGUUUUGAGAAUGGUUUGGGUCUAAGCCACUGUAAGAAAACAAGCUGACCUGGGAUAUCAUUUUAGCUUCCUGCACCAUCAGUUACCUGUUAUAUACCUCUCCUUAGUAAUAUUCUCUUCUUUAGUAAGCUUUUUAAUAUACUUUUGAUAAUAUUUCUGUGAUUGGUUUACUGGCUCAUAAAGCCACCAAGAUAAUGAUGAGGGUGCACGUAUAGUGAGUACUACCUAAAUUUGUUUUUUUUUUAAGAAGUAGAUUUUUAUUAGAGAUGAAUUUCCAGAUCAUGUAAGAAUUCUCAUGUGCUUAAUCCAUAUUUGGCACUUUAAAGUAUUUAACCCUUGAAAUGCAAAUAAAAGCUCCUGUUUUGAUUUUU